AUGGAAGAACAGGUAGCAAAUGCCAUUGAGAUCGCCUGGAAUCCAUCCUCCGACCAGACCCUCAAGGCCCAGGCCUUCGACUACCUCAACCAGCUUCGCUCUGACCCCUCCGGAUGGCAGGUCUGCCUCACCCUCUUCACCAAGUCCCCCCCACAGCCAGAGGUCGUGCGACACGUGAGCCUGGAGAUUGUCAACAGUGCCGCUCAGGCAGGGCUGAUCGAUCUGGCUUCCAUAACCGUGGUGCGAGAUAGCCUGUUGACCUACCUACGGCAAUUCUACGGGCCUGAUGGGACAGCCACCCCGGAUGCCCCCUACAUUCAGAACAAACUUGCACAGACCAUCACCUUCCUUUUCUCCUCACUCUACGCCAAUGGCUGGGAGACCUGCAUCGAUGAUCUGCUAGGCCUGACCUACAAGUCAGCCUCUAGCUCCACCCGGGACAACCCACUAGGGAUUGUGUUCUACCUGCGGGUGGUGAAUUCCAUUCAUGACGAAAUUGGUGAUGUACUAGUGUCACGAUCACGGGUGGACCAGGACAAAGCAAACACCCUCAAAGACUUGAUCCGUCAACGGGACAUGCAGAAGAUUGCUAGCUCCUGGCAGGAGAUUCUGUCGGACUGGCGGGAUGGGGAUGAUAUGAUUGUGGAGAUGUGCCUCAAGGCGGUUGGCAGCUGGGUCAGCUGGAUCGAUAUCGGGCUGGUGGUGAACCAGACCAUGCUGGAUCUGCUGUUCCAGCAGCUGGGACGGGCGGAGAAGCAGGAGUUGCGGGCAGGCGAGCAGCGGGUCCGGGAUGCUGCGGUGGACGUCUUCACCGAAAUCAUUGGCAAGAAGAUGAAGCCGGCAGACAAGAUCGAGAUGAUUGUCUUCCUGAACCUCGACUCCAUUGUCACGCAGCUGUCCAACAGCCCACCAUUGCACGAGAACCGAUUCACCUCGAGGUACGACACGGAUCUAGCAGAGACGGUGGCCAAGCUGGUCAAUAGCACGGUCAUGGAUAUUGUGCGGGUGCUGGAAACAGACUCGGGCGAGGUGAAGGAGAAGGCCGACAACCUGCUCCAGGUCUUCCUGCCACACGUCCUGCGCUACUUCUCGGACGAGUAUGACGAAGUCUGCUCGACCGUCAUCCCCUGUGUCAACGACAUGGUCACCUACCUCCGCAAACUCAACAAGGCCAACCCGUCCUUCCAAGAGCGGAACAAAUCGAUCCUACUCCCAGUUCUGAAGGCAAUUGUGGCCAAGAUGCGCUAUGACGAGACCUCGAACUGGGGAGAUGAGGAUGAGCAGACAGACGAGGCGGAGUUUCAGGAAUUGCGGAAGCGAUUGGGUGUGCUGCAGCAAGUCAUUGCCUUUUCAGACGAGGAUCUUUACAUCAAUGCCAUCUCGGAGGUUGUGGGUACAACUUUUGAAAACUUGCGGGCGUCUGGGGGCCAGCUCGACUGGCGCGACCUGGAUCUUGCGCUGCAUGAAAUGUAUCUGUUUGGAGACUUGGCGGUCAAGAGUGGUGGUCUCUACAUGAAAGGCGCGCCCAAUGGGCCGGCUGCGACUCGGUUAAUUGAGAUGAUGCUACACAUGGUCGAGUCGGAUAUCCGUUCUUACACACAUCCCGCCACGCAGCUCCAGUUUAUGGAGAUCUGCGUUCGCUACAGCUCGUUCUUCCAGCACCAUGCGCACCUCAUCCCCGGCGUUUUGGAGAGUUUCCUUCAACUUGUGCAUCAUCCUGUCCGAAGAGUCAAGACGCGUUCUUGGUACCUCUUCCAGCGGCUUGUGAAGCAGCUGCGUUUCCAUAUUGGCAAUGUGGCCCAAACGGUGGUUGAAGCCUUGGGCGAUCUGUUGGUGAUUCAGGCCGAGGUGCCUUCGGAGGGCGAUGAGGGUGACGAGAUGUCGUCAGAAGACCAUGAAGGCUCCGCUGAUGCCGUAUUCACGAGCCAGCUGUACCUGUUUGAGGCCGUUGGGAUUAUCUGCUCGACUCCUGGAGUCCCCGCCGACAAGCAGGUUCUCUACGCGCAGUCGGUGCUGAACCCCAUCUUCGGAGAUAUGGAACGAAACCUCGCAGCAGCCAAAUCCAACGAUGAGCGAGCACUGCUGCAGAUCCAUCACGAUGUAAUGGCUUUGGGCACUCUCGCCCGCGGCUUCUCGGACUGGACGCCUGGUACACCCACCCAAGGGGCCCUGCCAGCAGUGGAAGUCUCGGAGGCCUUCUGCCAAGUCGCAGAGGCGACUCUGGUUGCGCUGGAGUCCCUCAAGACGUCCUUUAACAUCCGGACUGCAGCCCGUUUUGCCUUCUCCCGGCUCAUCGGCGUCCUUGGAGCACGCAUUCUUCCCCAACUGCCCCGCUGGAUCGAUGGGCUUUUGACUCAAACCUCGUCGCGCGACGAAAUGGCCCUGUUUUUGCGUCUUUUGGACCAAGUCAUCUUUGGAUUCAAGGGUGAGAUCUACAGCAUCCUCGACACCCUCUUGACCCCCUUCCUACAGCGGGUCUUUUCGGGCCUUGCGGACCCUACAACCGGCACGGAUGAUGAGAUCCAGCUUGCAGAGCUGAAGCGCGAGUAUCUGAAUUUCUUGCUAGCCGUGUUGAACAACGACCUCGGAGCCGUGAUCAUCAGCGAGCAAAACCAGCCCCUGUUCGAGACCGUCAUCACCACCAUCGAACACUUUGCCAAAGACAUCGACGACUUCACGACGGCCAAGAUGGCGUUCUCCGUGCUGGCCCGCAUGGGUAUCUGCUGGGGCGGGCCAGAUGUCGCGCCAGCAGCAGCCAACGGCGGUGCAGCGACGCAGACUGCUCUUCCUGGGUUUGGCGGGUUCAUGAUCUCGCGCUUCUCGCCUCUGUGCUGGGCCCUGCCUGCAAACCCGUCAUUCAACUCCAAAGAUGCUCACGCUAAGCAGGUCCUCGCAGAAGCGGGCGGCCUACAGCGCACCAUCUACCUCAAGACCGGUAUGGAGUAUGGUGAGUACCUGAGGAACCAGGAGCUGCCAGGCAUGGGCAUGGGCGCGGAUCUGAUCGAGGAAUUUUUGAAUGCAUUGAGCCAGCUGGACAUCAGGGGAUUCCGGCAGUUCUUCCCAGUAAGUGUGCCCCAGUGCGUGCUAAUUCACCAAUCUUCUAACUAA